AUGCAUCCUGCACAACUUGACUCUCGCAGCGGUCCGACGACUGGCAACACUGUUGUUAGUGUUCAAGGCGCAAACAUUCUUGACAGCCGCGACCUUCGCUGCAAGUUCAAUGGGCAAGAAACGGUCGGUGCUUACGUGGACAGCACUCACUUGCAAUGCCCGACUGCUCCUCAAGGCUCGGCUGCAAACGUGAACAUCGAAGUCAAGUCAACUCCCAAGCACAUUAGCAUGGCCCACCUGUUUGACGGUGUCAACGACUUUAGCGUCGCGCCCAUUCCAACUUCGCUCCUUCAGUUCAACUUGACUGUUGAGAUUUGGUUCCGCCCUGCCACGCCCGUUGGCUUGAUCCAGGCUCUGGUUGACAGCUGCGUGCCUGGCGAAACUCCAGAGACAAACUGCAACUUUUGGAUUGAAACUGGCAAGGCUGUUGCAGACGGCAUCCAUGGCGAGAUUGGCAUUGGUCACGAGUUUGGGGCGGGCAGCAAUCAGCAAUAUGUGUACUCGGGGAUCUUGGACAACACUUACAAGAACAAGUGGACGCACAUUGCGCUCGUGCGCGAAGUGUGGGACAACACUACCAUCGAGUGCUCUGGAUCGUCGUGCCCCUUCGUUGGCGAGUACCGCACGUACGUCAACGGCGAGCUUCUGCUCCCCACCUACAAGUUUACCGUCAACACUGAUUUUGGCGAGACCAACACGUACGUUGGCUCGCUUUACACGACGUCGUUCUACAACGGCGGCAUGGAUGAUUUCCGCAUCCUCAACUACCCCAUGACUCAAGCGCAGGUUCAGCAGUCGAUGGAGGAGGUUUACUCGGGCUUUGAGGAUGGCGUGCUUGUUUCGUGGGAUUUCGAGCCCAACAACCAACAGUUUACUGUCCUCACGUACAACGCCGAUGGCGUGACACCCAACACGUACACCCUCUACGCCCUCACGCCCUCGAACGUGGACGUCAGCCGCCAGCUGAACAUGGGUGGCGGGACGAAUGUGUUCAUUCCGAGCAUCAUCCAGACCGUUGCUUUUGCUGACUACCCGAGCUCUGCCCCGACUCUGAACUUUUUGUACUACACGCCCGAGACUAUUACCACCUUUGCGCCCAUGCACGGUGUUGUGUCUGGCGGCACGGUGGUGACUAUUCAAGGCACUGGCUUUUUGAACUCGACCUACCUGUACUGCCGCUUUGGUAGUGCCACCGCAACUCCAGCAACCUUUAUCGAUGCAACCACUCUGGAGUGCACCGCACCCGCCUUCACGGCUUGCUCGCAGAGCUCUGACAGCUUGAGCAUUCCCGUUUACGUGUCAAACAACAACCAACAGUUUGUCGUCUCGUCAACCAAUUUUACCUACUACCAGGCACCGACAAUCCAAAGCGUGGCUCCUUCGCAGGCACCACUCGCUGGUAAUGUGCCAGUUACCAUCUAUGGCUCCGGCUUUGUGAAUACCCCCGAGUUCCGCUGUCUGUUUGGCGUUAUUGCUGUCGUGCCUGUUAGCGUCACUGCAACCUCUGCAGUUUGCGUGACCCCAGACAAUCUGCCCGAGGGUGCUGUUGUGGCAAGUGUGACGAUCGACGGCCAGACAGCGACGACUUCGCAAGUGAUUUUCACGGCAUUCGACCAAUGGUCACAGAUCGAGUCGACGGCUGUUGGUAUUGCCAUCAUUCUCGGCAUUGGCUUUGUGAUGGUCGUUUGCGUUCACAUCUGGCUAUUUAUCAAUCGAAAUCAGAAGAUUGUCAAGGCAUCUGCACCUCUGUUUGGUCAGUUUAUUCUGUUCGGGGCGUACCUCGGCUUCGGCGCAGUUGCCGCCUUCUUCCCCACGCCGACAGACGCCUCUUGCACUGUCGGUAUCUGGUUUGUCUUCCUCUCGUUCACCUUCAUGUUUGCAAGCCUAUUUAUCAAGAACUGGCGCAUCCAGCGCAUCUUCACUAACAAGAAGCUUGGAAAGAACGUUUCACGCAAUCUCGGGGAUUCUCGCCUUGUUUUGGUGCUGUUUGUGUUUGUCGCAAUCAUGGCCAUCAUUCUUGCUGUUUGGACGGGCACUUCGAACGACAAGGUGGAGGUUCAGGAUGACGGCUUCUCCUCUUGCUACGUUAAUCCUACUUUCCAAGGCAUCCUGUUCGCCUACAUGGGUUUGAUGUUGCUGUUCGGUAUCGUUCUGGCCUUCCGUACCCGCAACAUUCAGGACGAAGCGUUCAAUGAAAGCAAGAUGGUUUCGGUGGCCAUCUACAAUGUUGCUUUCGUCACCGUCAUCAUGAUUCCGCUGGUCUCGUUCACCACAGAUGUCCGUGCUCUCCUCGUGAUGAAGGUACGAUUCGUUCUGCGGGUGAUGUGA